AUGAGUGGUAGGUAAAUAAGGACACCUAUAAUACAACUCUCUCUCUCUCUCUCUAAAAAUUUAUUUGUGUUGAGUAUGGAUUCUAUACUCUGUGAUGAACUUCUCCAAGAAAUAUUCCGCCGCCUUCCUCCACCGUCUGCCGCCUCUGUUUCUUUAGUCUGUAAGCGGUGGCUUCAUCUUCUUCGUUCUUCAACUACUUCUCUUUCUAUCUGUUUUAUUGAAACCCCUUUGAUCCCUCUUUUCUCAUCUUUUCUCAGUUUUCAUCCUUUUUUAUCUACUCUUUCUGUUACCAUUACACAUACACUAGAUUCCUCUGAUCAAUUGCUUAAUUCCGUUGCUUCUUCUUGCCCUAACCUACGACAUCUCCGAUUCUUGAAUGGCUCUGUUUCUACUUUAUCUCUGUUUUCUCUUUCUGUUUCUUGCCCUAAUCUUGUUUCUCUUGCUGUAACUCUUUUUAGACCCCUUUCUUUUCUCUGGGUAACCCCUUUUGGCUGUCUUAAAGAACUCUCUAUUUACUCAGCUGGAAAUUCAGGGGAAUUUGAUUAUGGGGAGUUUUAUGGUUCUUGUGAGUUGAAUUUGGAGAGUCUUUUGUUGACUGGAAUUAAAUCAGGGGAUAAGGGGGUUGGUUUUUUAUGGAGGAAUUGCAAAAAGGUAACAACUUUGAAGCUGAUAAGCUGUGAAGGGGUUGGUGAUCAAGGUUCUUUUUUAACAUUUCUUCAGUGUUUAGAGGGUCUUCAAGAAUUGGAAUUGAGAACUUGUAGGACAAUUGCUGAUGGGGUUUUGUUGAAAUUGGCUGAGAAUUGUGCUAUGUUGAAUUCUUUGUUGCUCUAUGAUGGUGGUAGUAAAGACGGGUUGUUUCAUUUCUUGACCCAAAGCAAAUGUCCUAAUUUACAGAAUCUUGAUUUAAGGUUGCCUCUUGAUCUUGAAAACUAUCAUUUGACAGCUGCUGCUGAAAAUUUAGGGAGUUUGAGGAGUUUAAGGUUACAAAGUUGCUGUCUUGUUACCGGUGAGGGGCUAAAGAUUCUUGGAAAUGCUAUGGCUGAUGGGCUUGAAGAAUUGGCUUUGAUAAAUUGUGAUGUAGUGGAAAGAGAAUCAGGUUUGUUGACUACAUUAGGACAAGAUUUGAAAAGAUUAAGGAAAUUAGACUUGUCUUUUAAUGACAUGUUACUUGAUAAAGAACUUAUAUCAAUGCUAGUAUCCUGCAACAAUUUGAAUGAAUUGAAGGUAAGGGGUUGCAAAAAGUUGACAAAUUUAUCUAUGAUUUCAUUGGCUAAGUGUUGCAAGAAAUUACAAAGUGUUGAUGCAAUGUAUUGUUGUGGGAUUGAGACACAGGGUGUUGAGUUAUUUGUGUUGAAUUCACCAAAGUUGAGACUGUUACAGGUUGAGGAAAAUAAGGUUUCUGAUGUGGCUAAGAGAUGGGCAUCAAAUAAAUUCAUUGAAGUUGUUGGUUGAUAAUAAUAAGGUUUAUUGUUCAUAACAAAUGCUGAUUACUUGUUUGUAUAUAUUUAUCACAUUGUUAGCAGAGAGGAAUCAUGUCUCCCCUGCCAAAAAAAUUAAAUAAAUAAAACUGUUGUACAGAACAUCACAACUAAGAUGCUUGCUUAUUUUGCUGUUUAUGGAAUCACAAGUAUUAGGAUGGAGUAGUAGUGCAGUUGAAUUUAAGUUGUUUGCACUUUUCUUGUGUGUUCCAUUAAGUAUCAAAGAGAUAUCAUUAUUCUUCCAUUAACGUAUUGGUUCCUUCUCUUUAAUUUUAUUUUUAAGUUAUGCGGUAAUUAAUACAUGCAUAACAUAAAUAGAUUUGAUAUGCUUAUUGUAGGUAGUUCUUAUUCGAGUGUUUGAUCGAUAAUACUAAUGCCUAUUGGUUUAAAUUAUUUAUUUGUAUAGAGUUCAUCAUGUUUCCAACAGUUCCCAUUGCACUCACACCCCAAAAGUUAGCUCAAAGGGAGGAGGAUUGUUCAAACCUUAUAAGGAGUCCACCCAUCUCAUUAACCAUUCUGAAGCUUACAUCAGUCGAAUAUGAUGGUUUUAGAACUAAUGGAUAAGGAAGCAGGUUCUAAGGAUGAAGAUACACUACUUGCUGAUCCUACUCAAUAUCAACGGCUAGUAGGAAGAUUGUUAUAUCUCACUAUGACUAGAAUUGACAUUGCAUAUGUAGUGCAAGUGCUAAGUCAAUUCAUGCAUAGUCCCAAACAAUCUCACAUGAAUGCUGCCUUAAGAGUAGUGAAAUAUAUAAAGAAUGCACCAGGUCUUGGUCUUCUAAUGCCCUCUGAAGCUCUGCUGAAGCAGAGUUUAGAAGUAUGGCCUCUGUGGUGGCCAUGGCGAACUGGUUGAUUGGUUUGUAUAAGGAGCUGGGGAUCAGUGUUGAGGUUCCCAUACACCUUUAUUGCGACAGCAAAGCUGCUAUUCACAUUGCAGCCAAUCCCAUCUUUCAUGAAAGAACUAAGCACAUUUACAUUGUGCGAGACAAGAUUAUACAAGGUAUCAUCAAGACUUGUUAUGUUUCCACUAAGGAGCAGCAGGCUGAUCUAUUAACCAAGAGUCUUGGCAGGCAACAACAUGAACACUUAAUGACCAAACUGAGUUUGAAGUAUGUAUUCAAAUCAUCAGUUUGAGGGAGGAUGUUGAAUAGAAGAUAUUUUCAGUAAUUAGUAUGUUUAGCUAAUUGUAUUCUGUUAGAACUGUCAGUUAGUUACACUGUUAGAAAGUUAGUUAGAGUUGUUACUAAACUGUAUAAAUAUAGUAUGUACAGGAUCACUUGAGAUUAUGCUGAAGAAUACUCAAACAUUUUAUUUCGUUCUCUUCUUCUCUUAUUACCUUGAAGGUUCUCACAUGGUGAAGAUCAAGGAAAUUCACGGUUCGGAUAUACUGAAAGAAAGUUCAUACUUAGACUGAAGAAACCUAGAAGCAGGAAUAGGAGAGGCAUUUUCGUUUACAAAUGUCAAUCUUUCAGAAGGUUUGAGGAUACUCAUAUUAAAAGUCGCAAAGAGAUAACUUUGGAAGGUUAGCUAGAUCAAAUACUAACGCGUGAAGAUCAGUAUGUAGCUAUUUUGAUUGAUGAGAGGUGGAUCAGGACAUAAGGAAGAGUUUGUCAAAAUUGGGUGAAGUUUCUGAAAUAGGCGCCAUACCUGUGGAGACAGAAAUCACGCAGCACUAAAUCAAGGAACUGUUUGUGAUGACAUUCCUCUGAUAUUCCAGCAAUUGAAAUCAUGGGUGAUCCUGUCCAUGAGAGUGUUCCCUUAUCACCAGACCACCGUAAUGAUGUGAUUGAACCAGAUAGAAAUCUGGAGGAACAGAUCAUUGAAGACAAGGAAAGUGCGAGAUGGAAGCCUCUCGAGGACACAUUCCUUCCUCUUUGAUCAUACGGGAUAGUAACUAGAGAUGCAUGUAGACAAGAUACCAGUGAAUUGCAAUGCCAGGAAAAGAAGGAUCAUGUCUCUUUGGUCACACGGAAACAAAACAAGAGACAUAGAAAAUGUGGAUUAUGUGAUGAUCUCAGCAACGUCUACAAGGAAGACUUCAUUUCAGCAAAAGUCAAGAUGGCAUCUUGGGUAAAGUCUCCCAACUAUAUUUGAAAAUGAAUUGGUUAUCCAUAAAGAGAAAGAAAAUUUUCUUCUAGUUCCGCUUCUUGCUCUUCCAAUUCAGAAAGACUUGUCGAAAAUCUUCCUCACAAAGGAUCAUGCUUUGAUGAUCUGAGUUUUCUUGAUCAAGAUGACGACACUCCCUAUUGGUGAGCUAAGAACCUCUAUUCCGAUAGUGUUGGUCAAUUCAAUCUUCUAACAUGCACCUGAAGUUUGUGUUAAUACCCAUAUGCUAAAGCAAGCAGAGUUUGAGACAUUGCCUAUUAGAACAAGGUUGCCCCCAAUAAAAAAUAUAUUCGUAAAAUUGGUUUAGUUUGCAGGAUAUUCCCUUAACAGUAUGAUGGUUGCAGAACCGUGGCUGAAUGUUUUUCUAGACUGGUAAGUAAUCUGCUAUUUUUUUUCUUGAGGAUGCAAGUCAAUUCUCAAAUAUUGGUGUUGUAGAGGCUAUGAUGCUCGCACUCUCCGAGUGUCAGAUCCUCCAAAAAUACAUUUUUUGACAUGCAACUAGCCGCGUAUUUUAUGAA